AUGUCUAGCACCACGCCCGAUACGUUCUCCUCUACUCUGGAUGUGCUCAACAGCAUUCUCCCCGCGCACCUCCGCAAGCCUCGUGUAGGGAUCGUCUGCGGAUCUGGCCUCUCGACGCUCGCCUCAACCCUGCGGGACGCAGUGCAAGUGCCAUACUCGGCGCUGGCGGGCUUCGGCAAAAGCACGGUGCCUGGGCAUAAGAGUGCGCUCGCGUUUGGACUGCUUGGGCCCGGUGCGGGUGUCCCUGUCGUUGCGAUGAUGGGUCGGUUUCAUGCCUAUGAGGGUCAUUCGCUGUCGACGGUGACAUACCCAAUCCGGGUACUCGCCAAGCUUGGGGUGCAGAACAUCAUCAUCACAAACGCUGCCGGCGCCUUGAACCCCAACUUCGCGGUGGGGACAAUCACCGUGAUCCACGACCACCUCGCAAUCCCCAACAUGACUGGGGGCAUGAACGCGCUCUUCGGACCGCUCUCGUCGCCGGAUCACCCGCGUUUCCUGCCGCUCUCCGAUGCGUACUCUGCAAAGCUGCGCCGUCUCGCUUUUCUCGCUGCUCAUGACCUUGCGCUGCCCGACGCGGCGCUUGCGGAGGGCACAUAUGCAUGGGUGUCCGGGCCGACGUACGAAACGCCGGCAGAGGGGCGCUUCCUGCGCGCAGCGGGCGCGGACGUCGUGGGCAUGAGCACGGUGCCCGAGGUGCUUGCAGCGCGCGAGGAGGGUAUGGAGGUGCUCGUGCUGAGUCUGGUCACGAACGCAGUCGUGAUCCCAGAGGCGUACAGAAGCAUCAAGGAGGAGGUGAAGGCGGAGCUGGCCGGCAGACCGGUCGCGCAGGUGCAGGCGGCAACGGUGUCGCAUGACGAGGUGCUGGCUGUGGGUAGGGAGAAGGCAGAGGUCAUGAAGGGUGUUGUUGCGCGGAUCAUAGAGCUUCUCGAUUGAAGUGGGAGACCCGCUGGUGGCGAACGAAUAGCGAUUUCGGCAAUCAGAUGUAUUAGAGUGUAUUUGUGGUAACCCAGUGACCUAAGUCUAGGUUGUUUUGAAUGAAACGAGCUUCACUUUAUAGG